ACAGAGGCACUGACUUCUGUGUUCAGUGCAGAUGCUGCAGACAAGCUUCUAUCUUGGAACCAGCAGAGAAGCAGCUUAUUUCUGGUUUCUGCUCCCUCUUUGCAAUUGAAGGUGAGCUCGGGACACGGUUGGAAAGACAUAAGACGGCGCUUCGAUAAAUGGGGCAGUACUGCCCCGUGCUGGACAUCUCCCGGGUCGGCUGGCAAGGAGGGAGAUUGCGCUGAGGAAUGAGUUGGCAGCAGCAGCCGGGGUUCGCGGGGGAGGGGUGAAGGAAGUUAGGGGAUGGUCACCAUUUGUUGGAAGGGGCCGGUGCAAAAGUACAAAUCGCAAACACGGGGGAGCUCGUUUGGAUCCGACGCUGUAGCGUGAGGCAGGAUGAGAAAACAGCCCGCUACCCUGCAGCAUGAAACCGAUCUCGCCGACUUUGUCCUUUGCUUGAAACCGUUGCCCCGUUUUGCAGAACGACAAAAAUAAACCAAUUUUUUUUAUUGUAACACGACUUCGCCCAGUUUUGCAGACGAACAGGAUAAGGCUGCCCAAGGGACGGGUGAACAACUUUGCUCAGUUUUGCAAAAAAAACCACAAUCAUGUGAAGGAAGAGCUUUUUUGCACAGGGAGGAAAAUAGAAGGACUUCGCUGAAAAUAAGACAACCCUACCCAGUUUUGCGAAACACCGAUAGAAAAAAAAACCCAGCACAAGAGGAAAACGGGACUUUACCCAGUUUGGCAAAGGAACAAUUCUGCCCAGUUUUGCAGAACAUGAAGGACAAAACGCAUGUCAGAUUUUGCAAAGGAUGAAAAUGAAACAACCUCGCCCAGUUUUGCAAAACACCAAAAAGUCUUUCACCUUCUCAAAAUAGUAAGGACUUUUGCCCAGUUUUGCAAAAGCAACAGCUUUGCAAAGCAUCGUCGACUUUUCCCCAGGAGGAAAACAGUAGGGACGUUGCCCGGUUUUUGCAAAAAAGGAGCAGUUCUGCAAAACACCGGCUACAAAAAAAAACCUGUCCGCUUUUUGCAGAGAAGGGAAAUCAAAUAAGCUUUGCCUAGUUUUGCAAAACGCCGACAGCAAUGCCCUUCCGUGUUUGCAAAGGAGGAAAUUGAAAGUACGCUGCCUGGUUUUGUGAAGGAACGAGAGAAGAAAAUUGCUGCAAAGGAAAGAUUUUUUUUGCAAAAAAAAAAGGAUGGUGGUUUUAUUGCAGCACUGACUGCAAAGCAAAAGAGGAAAUAAGAGCGGACGCUUUGGGGGUUUGGUGUGGGUGAUAUGGCAGGGGGUUGCUGCAUCGUUUGAGGUUGCAUUUGGAAACUGGGAGAUGCAAGGGAGCGGCGAGAUGGCGAACUAUCGGAAGAUCGGGCGGACGGAGGAGGAGAGCCCGCUGCCUUUCGCUGACCUGCCGGCGGACACGGUGGAGAUGCGGGUGAAGGAGGGCAGCAAGAUCCGCAACCUGAUGGGCUUCGCGCUGGCCCGCAUGGAGCUGGAGGGCACGCGGAGGAUAGUAUUCAGCGGUUCGGGCCGGGCGGUCACCAAGACUAUCACCUGCGCCGAGAUUAUGAAGCGCCGGCUGGGCGGGCUGCACCAGAUCACCAAGCUCCGCCCGAGGAGCCUGCGGGAGACCUGGCAGAGCAGCACCGCCGGCAGCGGGGCAGCCCUCACCCUGCUCAAGACCGUUCCGUCCGUCUGCAUCCUGCUGUCCAAGGAGCCCCUGGACCCGGCCGAAGCCGGCUACCAGCCCCCGGACUCCGCUCCCCCGCUGUGGCCGGAGCCCGGUGCCGCUGGCGCUGCCCGAGCCGGGCAGGAGGAGCCAGCGUUCAGCCCGGCCAGCCGGGGCGUCAAGCGCCGCUGCUGGGGAAGCGACAGUGGCGGCGGAGCGCCGCCCGAGAUGGUCCCGAAGCUCAGCAAAGGGGAACAGCCCAGUGAGACCGCUCCCUUCCCCAACUAUACUUACCUCCUGAACCCCCAGCAGUAACUCACAGACCGCAGGGCACAAGUGGUAGUGUCCCUACCCCGGACCAGGGGAGUGUGUCAUACCAUCUCUAAACAGGUUAAAAAUAUAGCACUGAGGGUCCUCUUGUAGUACAAUGACAUAUCCGCACCUCUGGAUUGGGAGUGUGUGUCAUAACAUCUCUAAAAAGGAAAUUGCCCUGAGGGUCCUCUUGUGGUACAGUGAUAGUAUCCCCACUCAUGGACUGGGAGUGUGUCCUAACAUCUCUAGACAGGUUAAAAAUACAGCACUGAGGGUCCUCUUGUAGUACAAUGACAUAUCCGCACCUCUGGAUUGGGAGUGUGUGUCAUAACAUCUCUAAACAGGUUAAAAAGGAAAUUGCCCUGAGGGUCCUCUUGUGGUACAGUGAUUGUAUCCUCACUCCUGGACUGGGAGUGUGUCGUAACAUCUCUAAACAGGUUAAAAAUAUAGCACUGAGGGUCCUGUUGUGGUACAGUGCUCGUAUCCCCACUCCUGGACUGGGAGUGUGUCGUAACAUCUCUAAACAGGUUUAAAAAUAUAGCACUAAGCGUCCUCUUGUACAGUGGUAGUAUCCCUAUUGCUGGAUUGGGAGUGUGUGUCAUAACAUCUCUAAACAGGUUAAAAAUGAAAUUGCCCUAAGGGUCCUCUUGUGGUACAGUGGUAGUAUCCUCACUCAUGGACUGGGUGUGUGUUACAUCAUGUCUUAACAGGUUAAAAAAAACAUUUUGUGGGCUCUGUUAUGGUGCAAUGGUACUGUCCCUAUCCCAGGACUGGAUGGCUUGGAUUCAAGUUGCACCCUGUUCUAGAGUGUGGGUUAUACCGUUUCUGAACAGAUUAAAAAAUAUCAUUUGCCAUGAGGGCCCUCGUGAUACACUGGUAGUGUAUCCAGCCCUGGACAUGGAGCGUACAUCAUACCAUGUCCAAACAGGUUAGAAAAAAAUUACUGCAAUCAGGGUCCUGUUGUACUACAGUGGUAAUGUCCCUAUUGCUGGACUGGGAGUGUGUGUCAUAACAUUCCUGAACAAGUUGUAAAGAAAAUCAGUUUGCCAAGAAAGCUUCUUCUGUCUGUGCAGUAGUAGUGUCCCUACCUAUGGACUGGGUGGCUUGAAUUCAAGCCCCACCUGCUCCAGAGGUGUGUGAUACCACCUCGGAAUGAGUUGAAAUAGAAUAGGAAUUACAUCAGGGGCUCAGUGUGGCACAGUGGUAGUGACCCUUUUGCUGGGCCAGGAGGUCCAGUCAAGUCCCACCUGCUCCAGAGAUGUGCCAUAAUAGAGAUUGACAUAAAAUAUCAAUUAUAUGUAGAGGUCUAUAUACACAUACAAAUCUAUACAAUUAUAGAGUACUUUAUAAAAUUCACAAAGAAAAGUAUUACUGUAUGUAGGUAUGUUAUGUUACAACAAAGAUGCAUUGUUAAGUCCCUGAACAUUAUGAAGUCUUUGGAACAUAUAAUGAAAAAAGGACAUUUAAGAAGGGAAAUUUUAUUGCAACUUCAAAAUCCACAUGGAAGCAAAGUUCCCAAAGAUCACGGACUGGAUAAGAGAUUUAGCAAGAAAUGUAUUCAGUUCAGUUCUGAAGAAGGGUCACUCGGCCCGAAACAUUAACUGUUUCUCUCUCCACAGAUGCUACCAGACUUGCUGAGUUUCUCCAGCCCUUUCUGUUUCCAGCAUCUACAGUUCUUAGUGUUUUUGUUUUCAAUUUAAUUUGUUGGGUUAACCAGAAAGGUGGGUGUUAUAAUUUUUAUCUCUGUCUCUCCAUAAUGUCUUUGGACGUGACUCAGGGUAUACAGGGAAGCACAGCUCUUGUUAAUUAAUAAUUUAUUUUAGAAUGGAACUGGGCUCCAUCAUUGCCUCCUCAAAUCUCACCAUGUGGAUAAAAAGGGUUAAAGAAAAGAAUGGAAUUGUACUUAAUUUCCAUUGAGUGCCCUUCCUUAGAGUUUGAUUAGAUUAGAUUAUUUACAGUGUGGAAACAGGCCCAUCGGCCCAACUAGUCCACACCGACCCGCCGAAGCGCAACCCACCCAUACCCAUACAUUUACACCUUACCUAACACUACGGGCAAUUUAGCAUGGCCAAUUCACCUGACCCGCACAUCUUUGGACUGUGGGAGGAAACCGGAGCACCCAGAGGAAACCCACGCAGACACGGGGAGAAAGUGCAAACUCCACACAGUCAGUCGCCUGAGUCGGGAAUUGAACCCAGGUCCCUGGCGCUGUGAGGCAGCAGUGCUAACCACUGUGCCACCGUGCCGCCCUAAAGUGAGUUUUAUCAAUCUCCAUUGCCGCCUCUUUUGAUUUUCCUUGCUCCCAGAUGCUGUACAAAUUCAAGUAAUUAGCUCCUUUUUUAAUGAGAGAUUUCUGCGAUGUCCUUUGCUUAAUUUUAUCCCUUUUCAGAAACCUGCCUGUUUCGUUUAUCCCUGUCUCCCAGCAGAUAGAGGCUGCUGUUUCAAAUGAACUCAAAACAGUCUGUAGAGAUUUAUUUGCUCCACUAUAAUACGGAAGGAUUGUGUGGUCAAAUAAGAAUGUGAUAGAGCAAGGAUUUAUGGAAAGCUGUACAUUGUUGUCAACAUUGACAUUGCAAAGCUUCGACUCUUUUCGAUAUUACUGAGCUUAAAUGGACGCCCGGUUCUUAUCUUAACCUACAGAGUUUUCAAAGUGGAAUAUAGUAUAUGAGCAAAAUCCUGCUAUUGACCAUUUAAGCAUCAGUGCCAAGGGAUGUAACAGAGUAGGACGCUCUCCUGAUAAAUCUUUAGAAUUGCAGCCUUUCUCUUAAGCAAGGAGCACCUUAUACUCUUGUUGGUUAAACCGUUUUGUAAAAUAAAAGUGAAGAAUACUGUAUUGCAUGCAAUGAGUUUCACUGAAUUCUGCUUGUUUUAUUAGAGGUUAAUUCCAUCUGCGCUGUUAUAGAGAAGACGACCCUCCCUGGAGAGGGUAAGGAAGUGAAUACGGUAUGCAUUUAUGCAAAUUGGCAGGUUUAUAGGGAAAACUGAGGCCUGGGAAUAAGUUGGACAGUGCAUUCAACGAAUCUCUAAGAAUGCGAUAUGCCAAUUGCCCCUCUUACUAUGCAGUUCCAUUCUAGAUUGUAUUCGGCAAGCUUGUGUGCAUAUUUAUCAGUCUCGGUACGCUAUACAAACUCCGAUAUCUGUAAGCCCUGAGUGCGCAUUACCAUACAAUCAUGAUAUUUACAAUGGAUGUACAGACAAAUGGUGUGCCCAUGUGUAUGAUAUAUCCAUAAUUCUUUAAUGUUGCUAUCUAUUUACAACUACAAAAGCUCUCUCUUCAAGAUUAGUCUCUUUUAACGGUAGUGUUUUAUUUCUGCUACUACUCCAUUAACAGUGGACCAAUACUUUGUUCCUUAAUUACAACCAUUGCCACUGUUUUUGUUUUUUGUUUCAUAAGAACUUGUCACUAAUAUGUGCUGCCUUCUAACCUGACCCUCAUUUUCUGUUUGUGUUACCCUGAUCUUGUUCCCGUUCUCCAAUGGUGUAAAUCCAAUCGCAUUUUCUAUCUCUCUUAAGUUCCAAAGUAAGGAUUUGAAAUGUUAACGCUGUUUCUCUCUCCACAGGCCUGCUGAGUUUCUUCAGCCCUUUCACAGCUUUUAUUUCAGAUCUCCAGCAUUUGCAGCACUUUGCUUUAACAAGUGGUUUGAUAAUGAUGACUGUGAUCUCCAUGGAACCGGCCGCCCAAAAUGCUUUGGCUGGAACCGUGUGUCAUGUUUGUGUGCAGCCAGUGACAUGGAAACAAGAGGCUGGCUGUGAACACAAGUGCCCCAGGGAUGCCAUUUCUCAAGCUGAGCCAAAAUAUUUGCCCUUAGUCACUUGUGACACAGCCAAUUUUGAAACUUCAGUGACCAUUUAAAAACUACAUCUGGGAGAGGGUGAGACGCCAGCUGCAAGUUUGGUAGUGCUCAUUUUUAUUAUCAGAUCCUAUAUAUUUAGCAAAUAAAUGAGUGAAACUUGUAAUCCACAGAGAAAUUAGUGCUAUAAUGUGCUUAAAUGCAUAUUUGUAUGUUCUUGGAAAUCAUGUUAUGCAUAAUUUUCUCAGUGCAAGAAUUGACUGACAUUCUGAAU